AUGAAUGACCACUUGAAUGACUGGUGGUCGAAAAAUUCUGCGAAAUGCGGUGAUAAGGGCUUUUCGCAAUGUUAUCUCGAUUCAGCUGGACUGAUUACUUGGACCUGCGACGUUUUGUCUCUCAGCACUUGCGCUCCUCCUCCCAGCGGGCGAGGGGCAAGCUAUAACUCAUAUCAGGAAUUUUAUACCGUAUGGAACAUUUACACAAUAAACCAGUACUUCGCCAAUUAUCACCAAGCCCUGCUCAAUGGCCAAGCUGAAGCAAUUGGUGUUGUGGGACAGAUUGUUGACACAGUCGCUCCGCCCGAGGAUGUUAAUGCCAACACGCCUCUAUUUGGUCCCAUCUUUGGUGCUACCUUUGGCCUCUUCAGCGGCUUCGCCACCUUGGCUUCACCAGGAACCUCGGCUUUCAUUGUAGCGUCUUUGUUCGGAUUUGUUGGCGGCACCCCCGGUGGUUUGGUGAACCUGCUGUUCCCCAAAACGACAGUGAACCCUGUGAAGUGGCAGGAUCUCUCGGCCUCUCUUUCCAGCUUCGUCGAUGAGUACCAGAAGAACGUCGGGGAGGCAGUGACGCUCAUCCAGAAAGACUUCGACACGUUUUACGGUGUGACACAUCAAGGCGCUUUCUGCACCAAGAUUUCAGAUUCCUUGCCUGAGAAGACGAGCUUUCUGUACCGCGAGUUGAUGAAGUGGACGUUCAACCAGGCUGUCCAGGCUCGUUCGUUCUUCUCAAUCAAGAACCCCGGCGUCGAUCCCGCGAAGCUCGAGGCCGAGACUGGCAACUUCAAGUGCGGUGGCUACGACAAGUAUGGCGUCUGCAACGACAACAAGUACAUAUACUAUGACGGCAAAGACUCGUACGGCAUGGCAAGGGCCCGCGAUGUUGGCGCAGAUUUCUUCCCUGGUGUCCUGCAAGUCGCCUUCGACAAGAACUGGACCACCCCUCAGGAGCUGUAUGUCGAUGCCCAGAAGUGCAUGUUCAAGGCCGAUACCGACGAAAUAACCAAUGCCACUGAGCUGGACAUGGGAUGUGCUUCGAAUACUCCGGUGUGCGAGGUCGACAUGAGCGUCGACCUAACCACGGCACUCAACACUCACAACCCAGGCUCCAUGUUCACCAACUGCCCCCCUAUGCUGGGCUGGGGUGUGGACUACUGGAACAACAAAGCAUACGUUCCGUUUUCGUACCUUGGACCACUACUGAAAGCCGAUGAGAUAGUCAAUAAUGAGUCAUAA